GCUGGUGUCCCCGGUGGCGGGGCCGGCCCGCCCGUGCCCUCCUCCGCCGGGCCCUCGGGGCGGCGGCCGCGGUGACAUCAGGCCGGGCCGGCGCCGAGCGCAAACCGCCGCCCCAGACCCGCCUUCUCCCGCCGCCGACAAAAGCCCCCGAGCGGCCUCCGGCCCCAGCCCCGCUCCGAACACCGACCCGGCUCAGCCCAGCCCAGCCCCGCUGCAGGAUGCCGAACUGGGGAGGAGGAAAGAAGUGUGGAGUGUGCCAGAAGGCCGUGUACUUCGCCGAGGAGGUGCAAUGUGAAGGCGGCAGCUUCCACAAGUCCUGCUUCUUGUGCAUGGUCUGUAAGAAGAACCUGGACAGCACCACUGUUGCUGUGCAUGGAGAUGAGAUCUACUGCAAGUCCUGCUACGGCAAGAAGUACGGCCCCAAGGGCUACGGCUACGGGCUGGGAGCCGGGACCCUGAGCACGGACAAGGGCGAGUCUCUGGGAAUCAAAUACGAAGAGGGCCAGCCCCACCGACCCACCAACCCAAAUGCAUCCCGAAUGGCCCAGAAGGUUGGGGGUUCUGAUGGGUGCCCUCGCUGUGGCCAAGCGGUGUAUGCGGCCGAGAAGGUGAUUGGAGCUGGAAAGUCCUGGCACAAGUCCUGCUUCCGCUGCGCCAAGUGUGGCAAGAGCCUGGAGUCCACCACCCUGGCAGACAAAGAUGGGGAGAUCUACUGCAAAGGUUGCUACGCCAAGAACUUCGGUCCCAAGGGCUUUGGCUUUGGGCAGGGUGCCGGGGCGCUGAUCCACUCGCAGUGAGGCAGGAGGAGCUGGGCUUUCCGCUCACCCCGGGCUAGUCCAGACCAGCCUGGGCUGCCCGACGCUUCCUGCGCCCGCAGUGAGCAUCCCCACCGUCAUCAGUAUCCACCCGCUGCUUCCCAGCACGAGCCCCUUGCUCCCCGCCCUGACCCAGCGCACCCCAAAGCUGGGGGAGUCCCAGCGUGGUCCCCACUGGGUCCUGCCGGUGCGGGUGCUGGCGGGGGGACAGCUCAGCUCGCACCCACCCGCAGCGAGGCCUGUGAGCCCAAAAUGUUUGUUCCGCAUUGUCUGUCCUGGCGGGAUGCCAGCUCAGCCGGGCCAUGCCGUGCCAUGCCGUGCCAUGCUGUGCCACCGAGCAAGCAAUAAACAUCAAAGCUGACCCAUG